ACAAAAACAAAACAAAAAGCCCAAAACCCUCUCUCUACAGCCACUCCGUCUUCUUCACCCAAACCCCUUCUCUCUCUCUCUCUCUCAGACAGUUAAGCUCUGAGACGGUACUGUGAGAAACUCGGAGAGACAUAGAGAAAUGGAAGGCAAAUCGUACCAGAGGGUACCGCGGGUCAAAAUCCGUGAAAUGCGUGACGACUACAUGAAGUUCGAGCUCCGCGACACCGACGCCAGCGUCGCCAACGCGCUCCGGCGAGUGAUGAUCGCCGAGGUCCCCACCGUCGCCAUCGACCUUGUCGAGAUCGAGAUCAACUCGUCCGUGCUUAACGACGAGUUCAUAGCCCACAGACUCGGACUCAUCCCAUUGACCUCCGACCGAGCCAUGAGCAUGCGCUUCUCACGUGACUGCGACGCCUGCGACGGCGACGGCCAGUGCGAGUUCUGCUCCGUCGAGUUUCAUCUUCGCGCCAAGUGCCAUUCCGACCAAACCCUAGACGUCACUAGCAAGGACCUUCUCAGCUCUGACCACACCGUCGUCCCCGUCGAUUUCUCCGAUUCCGCCGGCAUGGAAUCCUCUGAACAAAAAGGGAUUAUCAUUGUGAAGUUGCGAAGGGGGCAAGAGCUGAGGCUAAGGGCCAUUGCCAGAAAGGGGAUUGGCAAAGAUCAUGCCAAGUGGUCACCUGCAGCCACUGUCACUUUCAUGUAUGAACCCGAUAUUCGAAUCAAUGAGGAGUUGAUGGAUAUGUUGACUCUUGAUGAGAAGAAGGCUUGGGUUGAAAGUAGUCCUACCAAAGUCUUUGACUUUGAUCCUAAAACCGAGAAGGUCGUGGUGGUUGAUCCUGAAGCAUACACCUAUGAUGAUGAAGUGAUCAAGAAAGCGGAAGCUAUGGGGAAACCUGGGCUUGUGGAUAUCAUUGCAAAAGAAGAUAGUUUUAUUUUCACAGUGGAAUCUACUGGUGCGGUCAAAGCUUCUCAGUUGUUACUCAAUGCCAUCGAAGUCCUGAAACAGAAACUGGAUGCAGUGCGCCUUUCUGAGGAUACUGUAGAAGCUGAUGAUCAGUUUGGUGAAUUAGGUGCUCAUAUGCGAGGAGGAUGAUCCAAUUGGUAAGCAGAGCUCCUAAAUGGAUUUUUCAUAUAGAUUUUGAUGGGACAAUUGACUUCCAUUUACUUGGUGGGACAUGUUUAUAUGCUGCGCCAGCUGCCUUUACUAAUUUCACUCUACUGUGGAUGCUAAUCUAUUAUCUGCUAUGCAUGUCUUUGGAUAUAUGCCAGACCAUUCGCAUCUGUGUUUGUUGUCGGGGUCGUCGUCGCAAAUGUUUAAGCGAAACACAGACAAUGCUUAACUCUAGUGUAGCUUGCAUUUUAUAUUUACCCUUUGUUUUAGUAAUCAAGUUACACCAAGGAUUCGCUUUUGCAGAAUCUCCA